AUGGACGGUGUAACGCCUGCACUGUAUUCUCACUCCUUUUCUGACUCUCACAAGACAGCCGCUGCUUCAAAUACAUCACCUUCAGCAUCUAGCAACCAAGUACAAGCAACGCAACAGGAGGAACAGCAAGCCGUCGACGAACCUUACACCACAUUGUUCUGUAGGGCUCUCUAUGACUAUGAGGCGCAGGACGCAUCUGCUCUCUCGUUUCGAACAGAUGAUAUCAUUGAGGUUUUGACGCAACAACCCUCGGGAUGGUGGGAUGGUUUGCUUGGAGAAGAGCGAGGCUGGUUUCCUUCCAAUUAUGUGACUAUCAUAUCAGACGAAGAAGCGGAGCUAGCUUUCUCUCAAGCCGAAAGCGCAGCUGCUGAAACACAAGCGUUGACAGCACAACCCAAAUCUACAAACGGGGUCUCUCAUGCGAGUUCAGAACCUCGGGCAGAGGAGCAAUGGCCCGACAACGAAGCAUCAUACCGGAAUCCUAUCUCGGUUCAUAAAGCUCCCGCUGCAAAUGGUACUCAGCAGAGCGACUUUUGGGUACCAGAGGUUACCGCAGGCAACCAGAUAUAUUAUGUGAAUACUCAGACAGGCCAGCGGUCUCGAGAUCUUCCUCAAGAAACAGAAGACGAAGUAUCAGACGGCGACCUAGCUGGGCUUACAUCACAAACGUCUUCUCGCUCAGGUACAUCUGCUGGACUGGCAUUCGGCCCCACCGACUCUGCCGAAAUUUCUUCGGGAGGAGAAGACGGUCAUAGACUAAACGGAUCACCAGAUGCCUGGGUGAAGAAACUCGCGGAUGACGGCUUUUCACAUUAUUAUGUGAACAAACUUGACGGACGAGUGCAAUGGACAACGCCAGAAGGCAUGGGCUCUAGUACCCGUUCUAUAUCCACUAUGCCCUCCAGCACCUCGCGUCAACCCGAUACUUCGCGUCUCAGUGUAUACUCUGACGACUCCGACGUGGAACCUUUUGAUCAUCUCCAAAAUUCCCGAGCGCGUCAAAGUAAUGGUAAAUCUCGCCCUAUCGCAUCCCCGACCACCCGUACCGAACCCAAUCAGUCAGCAGUCAUGGAGUUGACUUCAGCAGAACGGAUAGCUAAAGCAGUUCAGCAGGCUUUGGAGCCUCCACCCCCGACUUUUGUCACAGAACUUUCUGAGAUCGCAAAAGGUGCAAUCCAGGCUGUGGUAGACAAUGUUCAAGCCACUGGUUCAGGCCGCCGGCCGGAGGAUGACGGGAAAAUGGAUAUGCUGAUAUACAGUGUUGUGCUUGCCGUUCGAAACUUGCUAUACAUUUCCACUUCACCCUCUAUUCAACUAUCACAAGAUGCUACCCAUGGGAAGAACCGCGACGAUAGAACUAAUUCUCAGGCCCCUCUCAAACCUGCUCAGCGUAAAGUUACUGCGACCCUUUCGAGACUUGUUUUAAGUGCUCGUGCCAUGCAAUAUGAUUCUGGCUCUGUGCUAACAGACACACUCACUCGCAUCGAAACUGACUCCGAAGAGCUGGAGCGAGCCGUGCUUUCGUUCGUAUUAGAAGUGCAACGAAACGAACACCAGUCCAAAUCUGGGAGCACACAUAUCAAACGGCUUCAGGGUGUAUUUUCAACCGCUAAUAUUGGUCUUGGCCUUGUUGGUGGUGGAUCUGCGGGGUCCUGGAAGGGGUUUGGAUAUGUCGCUUCUACGAGCGAGACUGGAAUGCCAAAAAAGGUUCUAGGAUCUGAAGCAAAACUUGAAAUAGCAACAUCGCUGGAGAGGUUGCAGGAGAGAAACGAUGCCUUAAACCAAGCUCUCCGACUGUCAACAAAUACUUCAGUUCAAGUGCAAGCGAGAGUGCAAGAAUUCAUCACCCACAUUUCUAGUUUUCUAAACGUGGUGGCUGAUAUUCACGUUGCGCGACAUGUUGAUAUCGACGGUAUCCGCCAAUCUGGUGACCUAGCUGUGCACGAUCAAUAUUCCGAAACAGUAGAACGCGCGAGGGGUCUGGUUCGUACUUUGGAAACAGUAACACAGGCAAUUUACGACGAUAGCUCUACACUCCUUUUGGCUGCGCAAACACUCCACGAUGGAGAGAAGAGUUCACAUAGUCCCGACCAAGUGGAGGCGUACGAUCUUUUGCACCGUCUGUCAUCCUCUUUGGGUAGUAACCUCGGGGUUAUUAAAAGCGUCUUCGACGGUCUGCUCUCUGUAGGACAACAGCAGGCUGAGUUGUCUCAAGGCGAUUACAAUGGCUCCAUCGAUUGGCGAAUGUCUCGACUCAGUGUAAUUAACGACCAUUUUGAUGAUCCUUCACAGAAAUCAGGCAUUGACUCUUAUCAUUCCGAAAACGAAGAUGUUGUUGACAUGGAAUUGGCUUUUAACCGACCAGGUAUACGGUCUCAGAAAUCAACUGCCGAAUCUUCUUAUGAUUCUUACCGAACUCUGGCAAACUCUAAUGACACUGUUCUCACACGGGAUUCAGAAAUCUCUUUGGACAACACACUUGUGACACAAUCUCCUACCGAGAUGCGUGACAGCUAUGCUGAUAAUGACAUGGGUCUAUAUGAAGAUGAAGUGCCAUCGACGAAGCCUACUUCCCGGCCCUCGGGUACCAACAAGCUUAAGAAGCUUCUUGGAGAUGAAUAUGCGGACAAAGUUGCAGCCGAUCUCCAACCUUGGUAUCUGCGGCCCAAUUAUUCACCAUCGGACAUUAUCAUUGAAGCCGAUGGCUCUGUGCGUGGUGGCACUGUACCUGCACUUGUCGAGCGUUUAACUGCUCAUGAACAGGCUGACACGACCUUCAGCAAAGCAUUCCUCAUGACUUACAAAUCGUUCACAACAUUGGACGAACUGUUCGACCUACUGGUUGCCCGUUUCAGAAUCCAACCUCCUGAUAACCUUACUCAAUCAGAGAAAGAGGAAUGGACAAAAUUGAAGCAACAUGUCAUUCAAAUGCGUGUCAUUAACACCAUGAAGUCUAUGGUCGUCGACGAUGGCGUCUUGGAGAAGGAAGAUAUGUAUAUUCUUGAUCGAAUGAAAGAAUUCAUCUCUACGGACGAAGUCUCGAGGUUUGCAGCUGCAAAGCAUCUACUAAUCCAAAUUGAGCGGAUUCAAACGCAGGGAGGAGAAGCUAAACAACUUGUCAACACUAACCCCGGCCCUCCACCCCCCGCUAUCGCUCCAAAGUCCAGCAAGAAACUUAAACUACUCGAUAUCGACCCUCUAGAACUGGCCCGCCAGCUAACUAUCAUGGAGAGCCAACUUUACCAGAAAAUUAAACCGAUGGAAUGCCUCCAGCGUUCACGCGAGCAGAAAACAGAAAAUAUCGACAAUAUUACCACUGUUAUCCAAACCAGUAAUAGGAUUGCUGACUGGGUCGCUGAGUCAAUUUUGACCAAAGAAGACUCUCGUCGACGUGCUCAAGUCAUCAAGCAUCUGAUUGCUGUCGCAGAUCGUUGUCGAACCUUGAACAAUUUCUCCACCAUGAUUGCAAUAACUUCCGGUCUUAACACUCCCCCUAUUCGCCGACUAAAGCGAACUUGGGAACAAGUCAAUCAACGGUUCAUGUCUCAGUUUGGUGCAUGUGAAAUGACCAUCGACAGUAAUAAAAAUUUCACCAAGUAUAGAUCUCUAAUGGCAUCAGUGACGCCACCAUGUGUUCCUUUCAUUGGUGUCUUUCUCUCCACCCUACAAUUUAUCCAGGAUGGUAAUCCGGAUAACCUACCAGGAGGUUUGGUCAAUUUCCGCAAGCGACAAAAGGCCUCAGAAGUCAUCAAUGACAUCAAGCGCUGGCAGGCGCAACCUUUCAACUUCCAAUCCUUGCCUCCUGUAUUGUCCUUCAUCAACGACUCGUUGAACCAGUUCCAAGACACUCGUGCAUCAAGUGAUCGCUUCUGGGCUCUUUCUCUUGAACGAGAGCCAAGGGAACGAGAAGACGAAAAAAUGGCCAGAUUGCUACAGGAAAGUGGUUUCCUGUAG